UGCCCCUUGCCACAUCCCUGCCCAUCAGCUGAACUGACUGCCAAGGAGAAGUUUGUGGUUAAAGGGCAGCAGGAAAGCUUUUCCUGGGGUUUCCACAGCCUCAUUAGCAUACAAGUGACUGCCCCUGCUUUGUGCUAUAAAGGCCACUCCCAUGACACACAGGGAAGAGGUUCAGUCAACCAGUUCCUAAUAACCAAAUCCACAGCCAGCACAGAAUUCCUCCCAGAACCUGAGACUUUUUUAAAGCGGCAAGAGCAGCUUCUUCUCUAGCAUCAGCCACAGAGCUCGGGACGCCAGCAUGAGGCUCCAUCACCUGCUCCUCGUGCUCCUCUUCGUGGUCCUGUCUUCUGUGUCAGGAUUUACUCAAGGAAUAAGUGAUUUUCUAAGCUGCCAGAGGAAUGGAGGCAUCUGUGUGCCGAUAUGCCCUAGACGCAUGAGACAGAUUGGCAACUGUUUAGGGUCCCGAGUAAAAUGCUGCAGGUAAAAGAAGGCGAAGAUGCGGCCGGGACCGAUGCAGAGACAAAAACAGCACCCUUCGACAGAACGUCUAAAAUUUAAACCAGAAUAAAUUUUGUUCAAAGUUAAAGAAUCUUG